CGGGCGGUUUCCGCCGCCUCCGGCAGCAGCUCAGCUACCUGAGAGACUGCUGCGGCCGCUGGGGACCCCGCCGCCGCCCCUUCCUCCUGCGUCCCCGCCGCCGCCGCCUUCUCCUUUUCAGGCCCCUCCGCCACCUCUCCACGACCUAGGCCCUCUGUUCUUGAGAGGAAGCCUUACUCGGGCCCCUUGGCGGGCCCGGCGCGCAGCCAUGGCUGACGGCGGGGGCGGAGGGGGCACCGGCGCGGUGGGCGGCGGCGGCGCGGGCCCGGCCUCGGCGGGGGCGGCGGCGGGCGGCGGCGGGGCCGGCGGGGGCGGCGGCCCCAUCAACCCGGCCUCACUGCCCCCGGGCGACCCGCAGCUCAUCGCGCUCAUCGUGGAGCAACUCAAGAGCCGGGGUCUAUUUGACAGCUUCCGCCGGGACUGCCUGGCCGACGUGGACACCAAGCCAGCUUACCAAAACCUGAGGCAAAAAGUGGAUAAUUUUGUGUCAACACAUCUGGACAAGCAGGAAUGGAAUCCCACGAUGAACAAAAACCAAUUGCGAAAUGGUCUGAGGCAGAGUGUGGUUCAGUCAGGGAUGUUAGAAGCUGGAGUGGACAGAAUUAUUUCCCAGGUGGUGGAUCCCAAACUGAACCACAUCUUCAGACCACAGAUAGAACGAGCAAUUCAUGAGUUCCUGGCAGCCCAGAAAAAAGAAGCCGUGCCAGCACCGCCUCCAGAGCCUGAAAGCCAGGACCCUGCUGCUCCAUCCCAAGAUGCUUCCUAAGAAUAUGCCUGACAUGUUUUGGAAGCUCCUUUGAAUUAAUGGUGAAGAACUGGAUUCAGUUACAUAAGAGUACAACUUCAGAAUGAAGACAGGCCAAAGUCCUCACUGACUUCAGAAUUCAAUGUUGACUGUGGGGCGGUGUCCAGAUAGAAUAGGGAGCAAGUGGGGCUAUAGAAAAGCUGACCAUGUGGGCCCCCAUAUUGUGCUGCCAUGCAGCUAGCCUGUCCAGGGGGUGACACCCAGUAGACACUACAGACAUAUUAAGAAACACUACAUCACUUUGGGGUUUGUCCUGAAGCGAACCUUUGUACUUGAACUUAGAGACUGUGUAUGGAUUUUAGGGUUUGUGCUUGAGGAUAAUCAGAAGCUACAGUGAAGGAACAUAACCAGCCCUAAAGAUGCAGUUUCAAAGAAUUGACAGUAAAGGUUAGCCAGGGGUGGUAGGGUUUUAACAAUGCUUAGUUGAUACUAUCAAUUUCUGAGAGUUGCAAAUCAGAGUUUACAAGCCACUAGCAUCAAAUAGCUGUAAGGUUGCUGUGACCCUCUUGUAGGUGACUCUUUUUAGCUUCCAUUUCCUUUGCCCUGCAAGAGGUGUCAAAACCCGGGAGCCUGGAAUGCCUGAGAAGAUGCAGACUUAAGUGUGAGGAAAGACAUGCGCAGGCUCUCUAUCCAGGGCUUCGGCCUGUCCCGCAAGGGCUAGUGAGCGGGGUGUGUUUAUUUUAUUCUCAUGUUUGUGUUUUUUUAGAAAGUGAAUAAAGGGACUUGAGUUUUGUAAUUAGA